AUGUGGAACAAACUGUUCAAAAGUAAAUCCAAAUCCUCGAAGAACCUCUCGAACCGUUCGUCAUCAUCCGGAGCGAAUGGAUUCCCGGAGGCCGGCACCUCACAGUCCUCGGUGGCUCAGUUCGAGCAGUAUGGCAGCAACGUCGGUUUGGGACCGGAGCCGGUCCGAAUGCGGCCACGACCCGAUGCACAUGCACUCGAUCUGGCCGUCAGCAGCAGCAGCAGCAGCAGCAAUCAGCAUCGGGACUCGAUCGGCGCACAGAUGUCCUGCAUUCCGAUGCGUCGAUCGAAGCUGUCGAGUGCGUUCAAAAGCUUCAGCCUGAAGCGAAGUGCAUCCAAGAGCCGGCUCAAGCUGCUGGCAACCGCAAGCCCUUCGGGGACCGCGGCCGAUGGACCAACAGCCGGCCCGGGACCGACAGCCCCCGGGAGCUCCGGUGCAGCGUGGAACGAUGAUUACGAGAUCCUUACGGCCGGCAAGCGGGCCUCGUUGCGACCUUGCAAAUCAGACAACAACCUCAAUGAAAAGCAACAGUACACGGACGGGGAAAAGGAGGAACCUGUCUACAUCGAAGAGUGUAACCCAUACGAGAAAUUCAGUAUUCCGAGUGAGCCUCCGCCAAAUCUUCAGCUGCAGGCGUGUCCGAUCUGUUCGCGAAAAUUCGCCACAACCUCCUUGCUGAAACAUAUCGGAAUCUGUGAGCGAGUCCAGACGAAGAAGCGGAAACCGUUCGAUUCGUCCAGACAGCGACGGGAGGGAACUGAGCUGGCUUCUUAUUUGCCGAAAAAUUUUGGGCUGCCCCAUAAGACGGUAAGCGGUUCGCAUGAGGCGAUUCCGGUGCGGAAGCUGAGCCUCAGCAAAACGCCAACGUUCGAGCGCAAGGAAUUCAAUGCUACGGCCAUGUCCACGUCGAUGCCGAGCUCAACGAGCACGCCGAAACCAGCCUUGAAGCGCAGCAUGUCGCAGCAGAACGAACCGUGUCCGUACUGCGAGCGAUGCUUCGGGAUGAAGGCCUACGACCGGCACGUUGAGUGGUGCCGAGAAAAAGCGCUACUGAGUAAGAAUGUGAACAACAAUCAAAGCAUAUCGGCAGCCAAAGAAAGACUCCAGGCCAGAAUCCAGUACCGGGCACCGCAGCUAAGGUCGAAGCGCGCCUUCACUCGGGAUAAAUAUUCCGGCAGUUUGAGUUGCGGUGGUUCCACCAACAGCCUGGCGGAACUGGACCUGCACAUGCCGCGCCACAACUCCAUGAGCUCGUCCGUUUCGAGCGACAAUAGAAAGUCCAAUCCAUCAGCCUCAUUGCAGCAACUGUCCUUAACAAUCGGCAAUAACGCCACCAAGGAAGCAAAUGCUAACAAACGGCGCGAGGAGACGCGCAAAGUGACGAAACGGACCAAGACUUUCACGUUCAGUAGCGAUCGGUUGCACAGUGAUUCGAACAAUAACUGCAACAACGCUAACAGUAACUACAGCAAUCACACCGGGAACCGCUUGGAGCCCGGUGGCCGGACGCAGACUAGAAAUCUUCUGAAACGCUCCACCGUAGACCAGACGACUAUGCACAGACAAGAUAAGACGCGGACCUGCGAACGCGAGCGCGUCGAAAAGUUUGAAAUCAUUGGCCAUAGUAAGCACGACGAGCGGAUGACCCACCACCGGCCGGUCGGCCAGCAAAGCGUACGAACGAGUACGAGCAGCAGUGGAUACAGCCCUGACCGGUACGAUCCAUUCCUCUCCGCCAGGAGACAGCUCGAAGAGUUGUUCUCUCCUGCCACCUCCCUCAUCCACACGAGUUCUCCGGCGAGUACGACGAGCACCUCGCGGCUGAACCAGACCGCCGGCACCGACACUAAAUCGACCGGCGGUGCAUCGAAAACGUCUCCCCUGAACUCGAACUUUCGGCGAGCCUAUUCGUUGCGAAUGCCGCGCAAAGUGUCCCGACCGAUGUACAUCGAAAAGGCGAAAUCGAACAUUCAGAAGGGCAUCACCGACGACGGGCCGGUUUCGCCCAAUUUCCUCAAGUCCUCCGAGUACGACGAGAUACCGAUUAAGUCGACCUUCAACGCGCUGCAGAUGGCCGAGAAACCGAAGCUGCGCGAUUCGAGCACGGUGCGGAAGAAUCUCAAGCUGGACAUCAAGGAUCUUAAUCACCCGGCGGUGUCACCGGGCGGAGAGCUUCCGCUCUCGAAGACCGACUCGUUGGCCGUAUUUUUAAAGUACGAAACCGAGCUGGCACUCAGCGAAAAGGAUAUGAAAGACAAGAGCAACAGCAUCAGCAAACGGUCGUCAUCGCUGAGCGCUGAAGCCGCCACACAGGCAAAAAAGCAAGAUUGCUCCGCUAAUAAUAAUAAUAAUGUGCCCGCUGCCGCUGCCCCCCACGGUAUAACGGCACCGAAACCCGAAACGCCCACAACGGAGCCGCCGGAACAAAAAAUCACCCCACGUAGCGUACCGAGCGCGGAAGAGAAUCUCGCCAAGAAGCAAGCGCUCAAGUUGGUCCCAAUCAAAUUGGAACCGAUCAAUAUAACGUACAGCAGCGGGGGCAGCGCCAGUGAGAGUACGAACCGGCGACCGACCGUAAUAUCGCUUGACGCGAUUAUCGGCAAGGGUGGUAGUAACGCGAAACCGAAACCACAAUUCGAACGGGAAACCCGCCCCGACGUUAGUUAUAUCGAUCCAAAGCUUAUAAAUAAAUGUGAUAACUUACCAAUUAAUCUUGUAAAGACGGUGACGCUGGACGUGGGACGUAUCGGUAUCGGUAGGGGCAACACUGUUGCGGAAGUUGCCAAACCAGUGGGCAACAGUUCAGUGCCUGUGGAGACCGAUACGAGUCAGAAAUCGGACCCCCCAGUACCGCCACCGAGGGCGACGAUCAAAGUGGUCAAGAAACAGUUGGAACUGACGACCGAAACGCUCGGCGCAACCCCAUGCAACAGCAAUAAAGACAACGCUGGUGUCCCGGGCCUAGUACCGGCCAACAGCAGCGAUAGCAGUAACAGUAGCAGCACCGCCGCAAGUCCGGUGGAUAAUCGGAACAGCGCAGAAAGUACAAACAUUGACAAGCGGCCACAACUGACACGCCAGGAUCGAGAAGAUUCGGGUUAUCGCACCGGCCAGGAUUCCGAGCAUGAUUCCUGUUGGACCAACAACGAUGGGCCACAGCUGAGCAAGAAACAUUCGACGUCUUCGACGGCAGCGACUGUUUCUCACACGACCCCAUCACCUGGUACCGAGCGUGGCGUUAAGGGUUCUGCCACUCAAGUAACCAACGACCUGAAUCGCAAGACCACAGUGGCGACGGCGUUAGUGUCGAAUUCAACCAGCAUGCUUUCGCCUCGAAGUCAUAGCCGAGAACGGCCGUUGGUACCGGAUUUGGACGAUUUCGAUGUGGAUGAGUUCAUGAUGUCGCUGGAGGAUCUGCAGCGACGAUCACCUGCCACGGCAAAGGACUACAAACAGUCGUUGUUCUGUCGCACCAGUAGUACCGUUACCGGUGGCAGUAGCAUCGUCGGUCAAGCCACGAGCGCCGGCAGCAAGCGAAGCAAUAGUCUCGAUAGUAGCAACAGCCUCACGAACCAUUUCGAUGGGAGUAGCGGCGUGCCGAGAGUGGAUUUGCGUGUGCGGAAUGGUAGCGGCACACCCAGUAACCAUAAUAGUAGCAAUAGUAGUAGUAGCAUUAGUAGCCCUAGACAUUACGGAAGUAGCUUCAAUAGUAACGCUUACUACAGCAACGCAAUCAAUAACAACACCACACACAAUCACAGUAACGGCAACGGUGGCAGUUCGUCGAAAGAAGCACCGUCGCCGUCGUCCGAAGCGCUUCGUCCACUCGCUCAGCGUUUGAACUACGCCCGCAAUUCGCCGAUCCUCAGCCGGCGAGCGAGCCAAGAAUCGACACCCUACUCACCAUCACCAACGGGAGGAACCAAUGGGUCCGUUUCGACGGUACAGAACUUGCCGAACAUUCACCAAGCCAGCGGUGGUCAGCAUCACGAAAGUGGCACCGCAAACAAUAACAACCAUUCUGCCACCACCCGACCGUACUACUCAACCCCAAGCCCAGUAAACGGUAGGAGCAUUCGCUAUAGUAACAGUUCUUACCAAGCUAACUCCGGGGCGCCAUCAGCUACUACACCGGCUUCAUCCUCCUUGGCAGGGUACUUCCAUGAACCGCGGUACCCUCCGGAAUCGUUCGAUCAUCUUGAGCGCGAUCUGCUCAAAAGCGUUCAAGAACUGGACCGUAUGUGUGGAUCGUCCUCCUCGGUGUGUUCGAUCGAUUCCGAGGAGCUGUACAGUGUGGAGGAUUACCCGUUGCACAAGCGACCGUCGGAGCGUUCACAGGCGAGUGCCGAUUCAGCGUACCGCAGCAGCCUGUCCACGCAGUCGCCACCGGAUUACGCCCCGCCGGUACCGAUACGUCAGGGAUACCCGGGUUCGCGCAGCUCGACUGGCCAUAUUCAACCACCGCAAUCACUGGAUUCAUCGGACAGUGCUUAUAAUGCGCAUCAUGCACCGACGUCCCUUCCGCCGCUAACUAACCUGGGCACGCCGAAAGCCAGCAAGCCAGAAACCCUUCCGCACAAAGACAGUGAAUCCGUCGCUGGGUUGAUCCUGAAUCCAAUGUCCAAAUUUUGUCACGAAUGUGGGGCACGCUUCAUGAUAAGCAGCGCCAAAUUUUGCAUGUCUUGCGGCGUGCGACGAAUCAUGCUGGAAUAGAUUCACGCCCCCAGUGCGAUGAAUUCUUCUCUGUUUCAGUUACUGUAAAGAUCCCUUAAUUUAACAAACAUAACGCGCUUCAUAAAUCACGACGGAAUGCGCAGAACUAGACUAGAUUAGUGUUUCUUUUACGUUACCACGCCGAACAAUGUAACAUACUGUAACAGUUUCACUCACAAUGAGGUAAUCGAUUUGAAAUGAAAUAGAAUAACCUAUUGUCAGCAAAGCAGCAUACAGUACACCGCAUAUUAACAAAGACUGAAAAUCAAUCCUAUAAAAAUUGGGCAAACAAAGUGAGGUGCGAUGGUUGAUUAUCUUCCCAUUUCCGCAUUUACUACCAUGCUCUAACACAACGAUUAGACCUAAGUUGAAGACGAAUCCCUGUGGCAAGCUAGUUGAACGAGAUUUGUACCGUCAAGCGAAGAAGCCGCGCUUGACCAAUACAAGAAUAUUGCAAAAUUGUUUGAUAAUUUAUUUUAGCGUUUCUUUUUGGAGUUCCACCUUCGGUUUCGGACGAUACUUUAUCAGUUUUAAUGUUUUUUAAUAGUGUUACAAUUUAUCCAACAAUCAUCAUCGAGGGUCAUGGAGAGAGCACGGACUGUACAGCAGAUUUAUUCAACACAUUGCAUUAGAGGUGCGCGCACCGUCUUUAGAAGCAUUGUUAAAAAUGUUACGCUUUCUACCACAGAAUGGCCUUCAAAUGAUUCGGGUUAAAUGGAGUUGGACGAGUUGAUUCGCGACAGGAAGGAAUGCAAUAUGAUUUUGUGAAAUGUGUGUGAUUUGGAAGCACUCAACGGAAGAGGUAAUGGAUCGGAACGUUUGAAUGUAAGACGAAUCAAUCUCGAGAGAAAGAAAUUCAGCACUAAAAGCUAACCACGAAAGGGACAGACAUUGAUAACACAAGGAACGACACUUUUUGUUUUGAUAGUUAUUUGAAGUGUUAACCUUUU